UAAAAAGAAUCGAUUUUCCAAUGGACCAAACGGACCCUGUGAAAAUUCCCAAGAAAACUUCGCAACGAUUAAGAGGCAAAAACUAGCAAUUCUACAGUGGCACAGCGACGGAAACAGAGACUUGAAGCUGAUGGCAUCCGCGUGGGGGGCAUUCUGGGGAACAAGGGUGAUGGAAAUAGUGAAGAAGCACGACUCCGGCGGCCUCGUUUGGAAGAGAAUAAAGCUCACCACCACUCGUAAGGCCAACGCCAAGAAGCGCCUCCGCCGUGUUUGGCAGAAUGAAGCCGUCCUGAGAGCAUGUUCUGAAGCUCCUCCCUCAGAGACAACUACACAUGUUGAAGCCGGAGAUAUCAAUGCAAUGCAAUCCACAGGUAACCAAGGUUAGCAAGCAAGCAAGAUGACAAAGGAAAAAGGAGCACAAUGCUCUUUACAUUUGAUUGCUUUUUCAUGAUGUUUUUAAAGUAGGUUGACUAUAAAUGUUGCAUACAUUGAUCUGUUUCCAUUUUUUCUUUUAUAAAUAUAAUCCAAUCAUCUUAAUCUCUUGUUAGACUUAGACAAUAGUUUUUAUUUAUUUAUUUAUGACUGUUAUUACUAUUACUUUUAUUAUCUGCUAUGGAUUAUAUUAUUAUUAUUAUUUGGUAGAAAGAAGUUAUAUUUGUCACGUUUAAGUUUGCUUCCUCCUGUCCUAGUGAGCCUGCAAUUGGAUGUGAAGGGUGUCGGCUAGUUGUUACGUGUCAACUUAUCUUCUGGUAUGGCAGAUCACAGAAGUAGAAAGAUGGACCCUUUUGAUUAAUUACAUGUUGAAAAUUCUGGGUGCAUAGAGAUGGUAGUGGUGUUCCUCACUCAGGAAAUUGCAACCACAUGUGGGGUGGGGUGAAUUUGCCUAGUUGAUGAUGAUGUGGUCCAUCAUCAUUUAGAGAAAAAAAUAUAAAUAUCAACUUGAUGGAUGGGUAGAUAAAUGUGGAAGCCACUUAAAGAUGGAAAUCCACUGAGUUAAUUUGUGAAAGAAGAGAUUGAUUGUGACAUUGAAGAAGUUAGAAUACAGCUUCAAAUUCUCUUUUGUGUUGGACAGUUUUGUGCAAGACAGUUUUUUUCA